GAAAUCAUGGUUAUGCUGAAGAUUUCAUCUUUCCUUGCUGUUUUGGCCUUGGUCGUGUGCCAGAUGGACAGCUUCCAGGCAGCCCCAGUCAGACCUGGCUUGGAGUCCAUAACAGAUCGAGUGACGCUCAGUGAUUACGAAGCUCGGAGGUUAUUAAAUGCACUGGUGAAAGAGUUCAUACAGAUGACAGCAGAAGAGCUGGAGCAAGCCUCUGAGGGGAACAGCAGUGUAACAGCACAGAAGAGGGCAUGCAACACAGCAACCUGUGUCACCCAUCGUCUGGCAGAUUUCCUGAGCAGGUCAGGAGGAGUGGGCAAGAACAACUUUGUACCAACCAACGUGGGAUCCAAGGCCUUCGGCAGGCGAAGAAGAAGCGUUCAAAUGUAAAAAGCUGAAUGAUAAUGUGAAUAUGGUUGCCAUGAAACCAAAAAUUCAACUUUAAUUUCUAAUGAAAGCAACUUUUCUCCAUAAAUCAAGACAGCCAAAAAGAAGAUUAAUUUUGCAUCUUGAUAUUGAAAAUGUUUUAUUUAAUACAAAUGAAAACACUUCUGUUAUGUAUAGUACAAGAUAAUCUAUUAAAGUUAAAUUAUUGUAUAUUCUUUUUAUAUGCAACUCUAUUUCAAAUAAAAUGUGACAGCAUCUAUUAUUUAUUUAUCUUCCAGCUUAUAUGUGAUCUAUGCUGCGUAUCCUGGCACUACUGCCAAAACUCGGGGAUUAUACUAAACUGCUGCCUGGCGAGGCAUAUAUGUAUUAUAUGGUGUGCUGUGCCUUGAUGUAAAACACAACUAACCUGAUUGUACAGUAUAUUUAAAAAAAAAAAAAAAGGGGGGGGGGGGGGGGGGGGCAAAACAGCCACUUCAAUAUUGUAUCAUUUGUGAAUUUACACAAAAUUAAAAAAAGUAUUUUAGAUA